UUGAAUUUCCGGUGAUGCAAGACGCGCAUGUGUUUUGAUGUCUCGUGUCUGCGCCAUAGACUGUGUAAAAAGGCCUGUACAUGUCUUCUGUCUUUACAAAUUAAUUAUUUCCCUUCAUUCUUUGGUGAUUCGCUGUUACACAGUUUGCAGUCAGCAGAAGUGCAGGUGUCGGAUGUUGUCGCGCGUUGCUGAAUGCGUCACGUGACGGCGGUGUGAUUGGAGAAGUGUCAACACAAGACGGAAGAUAGGGCAUCCUGCCCUAUUUUAUUCAUGUAGAAGAGGAUCCACGGGUGUCCUGCGGGUGCUGUCAGUCACCAUGGGAAGGUUCAGUUCUUUUAGGUCCUAUCAGAUCGUGCUUCUCUUUGCUGCAGCCCUGGCAGUGGUGGCCUUCUACUACUUUGGCUCUGAAAAGCAGAACUUCUCCAGCACUACAAAACGGAUCAAAGAAACACAAGUGAGCCACAACACCAAUCGUGAUGAUGCAGAUCUCUCCAUAGACAUCCGGUCUGGACGUCCAGAAAGCAGAACGGGAGAUGGAGAAGAGCUGGAGGGAAAGCCAUCACGCUUUCAUGCUCUCAUGAUGUUCACCAAAGUUAACAAGAGCUUGAACUUGCAGCAGAAGUUUCGGGUGACCAUGCGCUCUGUGGCCAAACAUGGACGGUUCCUGGAGGAUGAGGUGCUGGUUCUCCAUUAUGUCUCUGAUGCUGGAAGUCAGGAGCUGGGGAAGAAGAUGCUUCCUGAACUUCUGCUGGGUGCGACCUUCCAGUACGAGGUGGUGUUUCACGAUGUAGGCGCCCUUACGGAGAAAUUAUUCCCCAUCAUAGAGGCUAUGCAGAAACACUUCAGUGCAGGUUCGGGCACAUACUAUAGUGACGCCAUCUUCUUUCUGUCGGUGGCCAUGCAUCGCAUCAUGCCUACAGAACUGAAGCGCAUUGUUCAGUUGGACCUGGACCUCAAGUUCAGAAGCAACAUCAGAGACCUCUUCCAAGAGUUUAACCGUUUCCCUGCUGAGGCUGUCAUUGGAAUUGCACAUGAAAUGCAGCCAGUUUACAGGCACACUUUCUGGCAGUACCGCAAAGAGAAUCCGAAGUCCCAUGUGGGUGACCCUCCACCAGACGGUCUGCCCGGCUUCAACAGUGGCGUAAUGCUUCUGAACCUCGACGCCAUGCGUCACUCUACCUUAUACAACCAGCUUCUGGAGCCCGAGCGAAUGGCUCACCUUGCAGAGAAAUACCACUUCCGGGGGCACCUAGGUGAUCAGGAUUUCUUCACGAUGAUCGGGAUGGAGCACAGGGAACUGUUUUACCCACUGUCCUGUGGCUGGAACCGACAGCUUUGCACAUGGUGGAGGGAACACGGGUAUGGUGACGUCUUCCAGCUGUACUAUCGCUGCGAUGGGCCGGUGCAUAUCUACCAUGGCAACUGCAAUACUCCCAUACCCAAUGAUUGAGGUUCAAAGUGCGCCUUAGAAUGCCAACUUUCAGAUCAAGCUCCUUUUGUUUGCACAUCUUGAGCAACUUUACAUCAAAUGGACCAAGGCAGAAGGGGCUCAUUGUUAGAGGUGCUAAUAGUGCAGCCUUCCCAUGACUAAUCACAUUUACACAAUAUAACACCACUGAGGCAGUUGGUGCCUUUCCAAAGUUACUGAAAGAAACUCUGGCUUAAAUACCAGUUGUUUUUCUUUAUUUAAAGAAUGCAGUGAGGCUUUUACUCUCAGACGUCUGAGUUUCCUCAUGCAGGUGUCUCAUUAAAU